AAAAAAACGCGAGUGUUGUAAAUUUUGUAGGACAUUCCUUGUUCCUCCGCCGCAGACAAGCUCCUGAAAAAUUGUGAAAAUCAACCAAAAUUCGCCCCCAGAUCUGGAUUACCGGAAGCUCAAGUGGUAGACGAAACGAAAAUGAUUCGCAAGAAACUGUAACCCGUGAGAAGUGGUGGAAAAUUCGUUCGGACUGGUAGUGAAUGCGGAAAAUUAUGGCUUCUACAGCGACGAAAAACAAGUUCUCUGAUGUGUGCUGUAUGAGAAUUGAAAACUAAAACUACUGACUGAAACGGUCGCUUGGCAAGGUCAGUCCGUUGGACGACGAUUUCUAGAGCAAACGGAGCUUUUUGGAAGGUUUCGGAAUGUCUGGCAUGUAUAGCUACAACCGAGAGGCAGUGCGGGUGAAAGUCAAGAAAUAUGAAAACAAUGCGGAAACGGACACCCGGAAGUUCAGUGUGGACCCACAGAUUACCAGCCUGGAGGUAUUGUGUUCGAUUUUGGCCAAAGCGUUCGAUCUGAGGACGGAUUUUGGAAUUAGCUACAAAGCACCGGAUGCCACCGGACAGGAAAACUAUCUGGUGGUUCUGUCGGACUGGGACCUGGAAGCGGCCUUCCUGAGGGCACAUAACCAAUCGAUAGCCACCAAGAGCGAACCGUGUCUGUAUCUGAGGGUGGACAUCAAGCCCUUCUCGGUGACUUCCGAAUGGGAUGGAACGGCAGGUAAUUCCGGAGGAAUUACGCGGGAGCUGGCCUCGUUGCAGCAAUCGAUUGGAGCCGGGCACAAGUAUGUGCAGACCAAGCUUCCGGGGUUGAUCAUGAACCAGAUGGAGAAGACGUUUUCGCUGGUGCAACGGGCGCUGAAUUUGUCGGAAGAUCCGAUGAUGACCCAGGCUAUACGGCCUCCAUUGGCCGAUGCCGAGUUUCGAACGUUUUGCGACUCGGUUGGGCAGAUUGUGGAACCCGCCCAGCUGCGAAAGGUUAUUUAUCUGGGUGGAAUCGAUCCCAGCCUGCGGAGGGUGAUCUGGAAGCACAUACUGAAUGUGUAUCCGGAGGGAAUGACCGGAAGGGAAAGGAUGGAUUACAUGAAGAAAAAGUCCGGUGAAUACUACAGACUUCGAGACGUUUGGCGCACGGCGGUACAACAAGGAAACAUUGUCGGCGAACUAGCUUACGUAACGAGCAUGGUCCGCAAAGAUGUCCUACGAACCGAUCGGUUACAUCCGUUCUACGCCGGAAGCGACGACAACCAGAACAUUGCUUCACUGUUCAACGUACUGACGACGUAUGCCUUGAACCAUCCGGCUGUCAGCUAUUGCCAGGGAAUGUCCGAUAUUGCUUCCCCGUUGCUGGUGACGAUGGCCGACGAAGCGCAGGCCUAUAUUUGCUUCUGUGCCAUCAUGACGCGGUUGAGCUGUAACUUCAUGCUCGAUGGGAUUGCAAUGACGCUGAAGUUUACCCAUCUGUCCGAGUCGCUUCAGUACUACGAUCCGGAAUUCUUCGCCUAUCUUAAAAUGCACCAAGCAGACGAUUUGCUGUUCUGCUACCGAUGGCUUCUUUUAGAGAUGAAACGGGAGUUUGCCUUCGAAGAUUCGUUGCGAAUGUUGGAGGUCUUGUGGAGUUCGCUUCCACCUAUGGCUCCAAAAACGGAACUAGCUCUGUUCGAGAAGGAAUACGAACCGCCUCCGGUGGACAUUCCUCAACCCAAGAGCCCCACGCAGGUCGUAUUGAGGACUCCCAGGGAAAACCCGUACACCAAAAUAUGUGCUCUCCGGCGACAGAGUUCGGCCCUUUCGCUAAGUUCCUCCUGUACCAAUCCGGUCAACAUCGUGAAUGGUCCAGGAAAACUGGACGCAACCAAACGGUUGAAUCUCAGCCUGGAUGAAAACAUCACUCGCGAGACUUUGUACAACAGCAAGAACAUCAACAAGGUGCAUCAGAGCUUGGAUGAGGCCAAAAUUGCCUUGGUGAAACAGCGGAAGGUAGUCCGAAGCGUCGGAGACGAUGACUUACUGGAAUGCAACAUUCCGAGUCAGAGCGGAAAUGACGAAGUAGUUGACGAAGAUGAUAAUGUAUUCCAACCGCCUGUACUUCCAACGGUAAAUUCUGCGCCAUUAGGAACUAAUCCGUUCCUAGACAGUCCCCCAGACACCGAGGUACUAACCGAUGCCGAUUCCCACAUCAGUCGGAAGGAGCUUCAGAAGCUGCCCCAAAAUCACAAGACCGAACAGGACACCAAGCCUACUCAUCAACAAUCGCAGCCACCGGUGCAAUCACAGCAACCACCAGCGACCACCGCUGGUGGAGAGAACAGUUCAAGAAACGGUUCGCCACUUAGCAGCCGAAGCAAAAGCCUAUUCUCGGCUGGUACGGGAAAUUUGAUCGCACGGCAGUUGAACAGCCAGCGGAAGAACUUCAGCGCAACGGGUGGUGGACACUUCAAAGAUCUCAAGGAAAAGCUGGCUGCCAGUAAGAAAGGAAUAUUCGCUUCGCUUGACAAAUCUGACGCCGAGAUGUCCGCCAACAGCACGGGCCAACCCGGCGACGAUCGCAAGCCCAAGCUUGUGAAAAACUUCAAUGAGUUCCUCAGUUUCGCAACUAUGAACCGUAGCCGCAUCAGCGACAGACUGAACAAUAAACGUAUUACAUCGUCGCUGGAUUCCACCGGGAGUACGAUCACAAUGACGACCGGCUCGUCGAUAAUCGCGGAUGACGAUUCUACGGAGACAAUCGAGUACGACGAACUGAAGCCCAAACCGCUGAUCAAGCUGACCAAGUCUUCGUUUGAUGAUUCUGAUUCCUCGAGCAUCGGGGUGGCGGAUUCUUUCACGGCAGUGUCCCGGUCCAGUGACAACAGCAGUUUCAUUGUGGAUGACAGUUCCGUUUCGGUGUCGCCGGUGCAUCAGCCACUGCAGGAGAACGAUAUCAGCAAAGGAGAAGAUGAGGAGGAAGAGAAUGAUCAGUUGCACUUCCAACAAGGACAACCUCAAGAUGGAAGCAGUCCGGAUGAUUCGCAAGAAUAUUUUCCGAUGACGACGUCAAUGACCCGAGAGUUGAGACUGGAACUGGAGAAUCUGGACCGACACGUAUUCGGGACGGAUUUCCACAGUCAGCAGAGAUUCUACACUCUGGGCGGUUGCAUCGAUCUGGAAACCCCGCCGGAGAGUGUCGAUUCGAUCAAAGCAUUCGCGCAAACAGAGCCUAUCAGUUACCGGAAACUGAAUCACAAUGGUUCCGGUGACGCCGCUUUGGAGAUUCAGUCCGUUGACGAAAUAUGCGACCUGAAAGAAAUCCCUAGCACAGACGUCGUUCGGUAUCGUGAGAAAAAACGACAUGUUACAAGUGACGUUGAUAUCGAUAGCAAGCGAGUCAGUACCUCCAGUGCCAAUGCGGACAUAUUUGUGUGGGAGAAUCCGCUGCAUCAGGUCGACAGUCCGUUGUCCUCUGUCGGUGGGGGAGAUUUAUCCCUGUGCCGGCAGCCUUUAACGACCAUGGUAGAGCGAAGUGCUACCACGCCGGAUGAACAUCCGGAACUGGAAUACGACGGUGAAAUUAUUGUCGAAACGGCAGCCGGUAAAAAAUCAGUCACUCCGAUCCGCCUAAUCCGGAGGACAGGUGAUCGAUCCAAUAAUAACUCAAACAGAAAUUCGAUGGUACUACCGGACUCCGAUUCGGACGAUUCGCCGGAUAAACCCCCUACAAUUGGGUUCCGAUUUCACCCGAACAAUCCUUUCUACGAAGCGAAUUGCCCUGAGCCGGUAAGAAUCCCUACUCAAAUCGCAGCGGCCUCCCCUUUCGAGGGAACUCUUGACAUUCCGCCAACAACGAACAUCACUGGCUCGUGCCAUUCCUUUGAGGAAGCAUCAGAAGCUUCCAAGGUGGACCUAGCUAUCCAGCAGCCAACGGCUGACAUUCCAACUAACAUGGCCGCACCGGAAAUAACCGAUUCAAUCAAAGUAGCCGGAGUGCUUCCGCCACCGCAUGAGUUCGGAGGUGGGAAUCCGUUCCUGAUGUUCCUCUGUCUGACGAUACUGCUGCAGCAUCGGGACUACAUCAUGAAAACCGGCAUGGACUACAACGAGAUGGCAAUGCAUUUCGACAAAAUGGUCCGCAAGCACAACGUCGUUCGGGUGUUGAAUCAGGCGCGCCAGAUGUAUGCCGAGUAUCGAAGGUUGUACAUGCAGCAACAACAGCAACGGAUCAACGGCGGAAGUGCGAGUAUGAGCAGUAGUAUGUAUGGAAAUUUGGAGGGUGGCGCCACGAGGAGCGUAAUCAGCGGAACUGUACAGCCCAGGAGGAAUACCACGAGUGGGUUGACCUUCAUAACGUAGACCACGGUGAAGAUACAGAUUAGCUCACGUCUGCGUUGAAACCACCAGAAAAGCAAGGCUAGGAUACCACUGUGAUGAAA